AUGUCGGUAUGCUCGGCUUAUGCGGCGUCGACAAAUGGGAUUGUCAGCCUGGCCACCAACACUAAAUCUAACGGGAACAAUUUGAAAGACUACAAUACUUGUAUACUUACUGUAGUUUUGAGUGGUAAGUGCGGUGAUAUCCCGAUGCCUACUGAUCCCAGUGAUCGGAAUAUGUGCAAUGCUGUCUACCAAUUAACAGAUUGCAUCAAGAGCAAUGACAACAGGGUAACCUUGGGUGUCUGUACCGCAUCGGAGAGGGAUGAUGUGGAUAAGAAUUUCGACAGCAUUGAGGUGGUGUGCAAACAGGUUAACAAUACAUGUUUUGUACAGCCGUAUACACGGCGUUGGUGCAAGGACAAUGGCUAUAACUCUACAACGUUCAAGUUGAUUGUCAAGACAAAAGACAUUGAACUACCAAUUGACUUUUUAAAAGCGACUGCCGGUUUUUCCGAUGACCAUGAUGAUAUAUAUUAUAAAAAAACCGACUCGCUCGAGGGUGCACCGGGUACAAUAAGUCAACCGAUACAGUCUCUAGUACCAGUCGAUGACAAAAAUUUUCAUUUGUGUGAAAAUCAUAUCAUCGAGAUCCAUGCCAAACCGAGUCAAUCAAAAAAUUCGGAGUCAGAGGUGGAUCAAAAGUGCACUGGUAACCAAAUGGACAGUGCAUUCAAGCUGUAA